AGAUUUAGAUCAAGGACAAGCAAAAGAAUUAGGAUUAGCAUUGGCUAAUAUUGAACCAAAGUAUAUCUGGAAUGAACAUUUAACAUAUAUUUUUAAAAAUAUAAAACAAUUAAUAAUAGAAAUUUCUACAGCUACAACAAAAUUACAAAUUGAAGAAAUAUUUGAAACUCUAAAAAAAUUUAAUAAUGAAAAUCUUGAAGCAGAAAGUAGUCAUGCACAAGUAAAUCAAUAUGGAACAAAUUUAUAUCUUCAAGUAGCAAUUCAAAAAAAGCGUAAAUAUCCCACUACAGAAAAAAAACAACAAACAACUAGGCCUACUAUUAAAAAAAAUAAAUCACAAAAAAAUUCUAAAACAGACUUGGAUGAAACAGAAAGAAACUUAGCAAUUCGAGAAAAACAACUUGAAUUAGAAGAGCAUGAAGCAGAAUUGGAAUUAAAAAGGUUGAAUAUUAAAAAAAUGAAAAAAGACCUUAAUCUUUAA